AUGAGGGAAGAUGAGUCCAAUUGGUUUUCAAAGUGGGAAGAACAACUGCCGUCGCCGGAAGACCUUAUGCCCUUGACUCAAACCCUAAUCACUCCUGAUCUAGCAAUCGCCUUUGAUAUCCGAAGCCCACAUAACCUCCACUCACCUUCACUUCAACACCACCAACAACCACCACCGAUUUCAACCCCUUCUUCUCAACCCAAUUCCGGGGAAUUUGAUUCCCCUGAACUCGGCGGAGGUGGAGCCGGCGAUGAACCAGCUCGCACCCUCAAACGCCCACGUCUCGUCUGGACUCCGCAGCUUCACAAGAGAUUUGUUGAUGCUGUAGCUCACUUAGGGAUCAAAAACGCCGUACCCAAAACCAUAAUGCAGCUCAUGAGUGUUGACGGGUUGACUCGCGAAAACGUCGCUAGUCAUCUCCAAAAAUACAGACUUUACCUCAAACGUAUGCAGGGUCUUUCUUCCGGUAGUGGAAACGGCUCCGGUGGAGAUCCUGCCACCGAUCAUUUAUUUGCUAGUUCUCCGGUGCCAGCUCAUUUUCUGCAUCAGGGUCGUCCGAAUUCCGACCACUACUUACCCUACGUCCCUGUCGCCGCUCUACAACAGCAACACCACCACCAGCAGAUGGCUGCUGCGGCAGUCGUCGCCGGACAUCAUCAUCCUCAAUUGCAGCCUCGGUAUGGGCAAAUUGGGCAUUUUGGGUCGCCGCGAAAUGGGCAAUUUGAGCAUCCAUUUCUUAAUAGACAAUCUCAUUCACAUUCGCAUUCGCAUUCGCAGCAACCGAUUCAUAGGGUAGGGACUCCAAUUCAUAAUUCUGUUCCAUCAUCUUAUGUUGAUGAUCUUGAAUCAGCAAAUGGUAGAAAAAUUCUGACUUUAUUUCCAACCGGAGAUGAUUGA